UCCGCUUAUCUGCCACAGUUUCGAUAACGCCUUGCCUGCGAGAAGUGUGGCGCAGGGGGCCGGGAGAAAGAAUCAAUACGGCGAAUGGCAAGCCUUCUUCCCUUGCCGUGUGCUCUUAGCGCGCUUCUUUUGCUCUAUGCUCGGAUUAGCCUGGCAUGUGAGUUGAGCACCCCAGAUCCAUCGGUCGGCAUUACGCAGGGUGUUCAGUUUUACGUAUCCUGGGGGAACUGUACUACCCCCGCUACGCUCACACUCUGGAGAGAGGAUACUCAAAAUGACGUAGUUAUGAAUUAUUAUUCCGUCAGUCGGCCUCCUGUCGGCUGGACCAUCAAUGGCAUUCAAUUUACAUAUUCAACCGUCUACUUUGUUCUGGUGGAUUAUUAUGAACUCAAGGCGACAAGUAUCAAGUAUGUAGUUAAGCCGAAUCCGCAGAUUGGGAGUUCGUUUCCAAGUGCUUUGUCAGUUAGUACCUUGUUCAUUCGGCCCGGGGAAGAGCUAGGUUGAUUGUAUCGGGUUUUUCUUCCAUUAGGAGCUUUCCAUUGUCUCGGCGAGCGUCGCCUCAGUUUCGUCUACGGUUAGUGG